UGGUCGUCAAGGAAGGUAAAUAGUUUGUUGUGAGUCGUCUCGACGGUAACAACAAGAAUGUGAGGGCCCUCCGAAGAGAAAAUCAGUUUUUUCAGUUCGUUUUAUUAUUUUUUUGGGUUGUGAGGGCACACACGAAAAAAUAAUAAUUGUAAAGUGCGUGCAGUUGUGCAAGCUGAGGUGUGUGUGUGUGUGUGUGAAGUACCAUUGGCGGUGGUUACCGGACCGUUGCGGCUUGAUGUCCAGAGGAAGUUGACGAAGCGUUUUGCGCCAGUUGCGUUUCCGAAAAAUCACCGAUGAGAGGAAACAGGCAAAAUGAGGCUGAUAUUUUUUGUGUUCAUCCAUUGCGCCGCGUCCACGCUGAUUUACAAGAGCGAUGGAGAUCUGAAUAUCGGAUUCUUGAUUGAAUCCCGGAUGAAUUCGGCGCUACAGAGGACCCUCAUCAAUUCGGCAAUUUGGACAGCGGAUCGUCUGAAUAAUAUCAAGCAGAAUGAGGAGCUCGAGAUUGGUUUGGCGGUGUACAGCGUCAAAGGACAGGAGGAUUAUUUCAGUUCCAUCUACGAGAUGUACCACGACCAUAGAAAUCGAUAUUUGCUCGGCUUCAUGUCUACGGAUGGUCUUCCGGAUAAAGUGGACAAGUUCUCGAGACUCCUCAACGUGGAAACGAAAACGUUUCCGAAGUUUACCUCGAGCUUGAUCAAAGCCGCUGUCAAAUUGCUGGAAGCUCUUAAUUGGGUGGAAAACAUCCAAGUCGUCACUCCGGAUCAAUUCAUUCUUAGAGAGUUUUACCGCAUCACUAGGAAACAGUGGAUGUGCGUCAAGGAUUUCAUCAUCUACGACAAACGACUUUACAACUUGGACACGAAAAAUCCUCUGGUUGUUUUCGGAGACGCACACUUGUUCGGUCCACUUCUUCGUCACUUAACAUUCCACAACGAUUCUCAAGUCAUUCUAGUCCCUUUAGAUGGAUCUGAAGUUGAAGAUCCUCCCGACGGUAGUUACAUUAUACAACCACUUUACUCGGAACCAUCGGAAACGUUUUACAAGCCGCAGAAGGUAUUACCAACACCAUUACUCUUCGAAGUGGCCAAUCCGGUAUUGACGUAUGCUCACGAAGUGUUUGAUUUCAUUCAACAAUCCUGCAACGAAACGGUUUAUAAAUUGAACUGCGUGAGGAACAAGAUGGAGAGGCAACUGUACGAGGUGAUACUUCAACCAGAGAGGAUUCUGAAGGAGCUGAAGAUUGAACCUCUCUUAAACGAAUUUGUUUACAACAUCUACAGGGUUGAAAACAUUUCAUCUGCAAAACUUGACGCGAAUAUUUCUGAAGUCGCCCAUUUGAAGCAAACGGCUUUCCAGAAUUACGUAAAGACAUUCACGUACAAUCCGAUCGAUGGUAACUUGAGUUCGCACGACGGCUUCCCUAUAGAAAAUAGCACCAAAGCAGGAUGCACCAAAGAGUUCGAGAGGUGCGUCUUGGAAUGCGAGAACUUCAAGUCUUUCGACUUGAACAAGUUCUUUGGAUAUCCAUCGUUUAAUGGGUUAACGCUGCGUCCGGAACCGUGGGUUUAUGCUUUCAUAGCCCUAUCCGCGCUGGGAGUACUCUUCUGUUUAAGUAUUUUCUGUUUUAUCACGGUUAAGCUAUGCCAAAAACAGGUACUCGAAGGAAAUCCGUUUUUGACCAUGUUUUUACUAGCUUGCACUUCCUUUAUGUUUUGCGGAGUAAUACCGUUUGCAAUUGAAGGUGAUAAGUUUAGUAGAUAUAGUAUUUACUUGGGAAGAGCUCUGUGCGUCACUUUGCCUUAUUCGAUGACAUUUUCCUUGCUGCUAGCAAGAACCAUCCUGCUGGCCACUGUUUCCAAAGAGGUGGGAUUUAUGUCUCAUGUAGCUGGAUCGGUGCAAUCUUUCCUCACGUUGUUUAUUUUUGCUGUCCAAUGCGCUUUAAGUCUGCAAUUGAGGAUCGAUUGCGAGGAUGUGUUCAGAGGCAACCUUUUGCUCUAUCUGUUAUCAUACAACGUGAUACUUCUCAUUCUGCUCAUUUUCACGACGCCUUUGGUACUAAAAUCGCAGAGGAAUUACAAGGAAGGAAAGUACAUCACGAUAGCAAUAAUGCUGAUAGCAGUCUGCUGGAGCUUCUGGUUGCCAGGAUACGCUGUCUUCGAUGACCAUUGGAAGGACCCCAUGUUAUGCUUAGGUUUGGUCACGACUGCAGGAAUCCUCUUAGGAGUAAUCUUCAUCCCAAGAACCUACUUGAUGACGGUAUCCGCAGCUCGCGAGAGAUUCACAAGCGCUUUACCAUCUUUAGCUACAGCAACCAGCGCCAUGGAUAUAUACAGGGCUUCAACUCAGAAAUAUUUGCAGUCCCUUUUCCAGCCGGUCUACGAUUGCGUCAACGUGGCAGCAAUAAGCGCAGCGAAUUCGUUGAGAUCUGUUGCAGCUCCUCUGCAGCCUCCUUCCACCGAUUUUUACAGCAACAGACAUAUGGCUCAGCAUGUCGAAGAGGAGGAAGAUGACUUCCAAGUCAUCAAUCGUGAAACACCUACUCCCGAUAAAGUCACUAGAUUCUAAGUUAAUUUAAGAUUCGAAUCAUCAAAUUCGAAGCCCUAUCAAAACCGUCCAAAUAUAUUAUAAUUUAGAUUUAGUACAGGGUUCUUAAAUUCUUACACGCAAUCUGCAUAAUUAUCAUUGUCGCUCUGGCAGUCACAACACGUCUACUGCAAAGUUAUUUAGUGACACAAGCACUCUUUAUAUAAACAAAUUUGAAGUUAACUUUUCUAUAAUUAUAAAAUAUAACUAAACAUGUUUAA